AGAACAUCGUUACGAUGGCUAUCGGCAUACUACGCUUGCAUCAUAACUAUCAUUAUGGCCCCUUGGGAUAAGCUGAACGAAUUGAAGGAAGCGUUGGCCGGCGACGAUUAUAAGACAGAAAUACCUGCCGGACAUGAGAAGAAGCAAGACGAGGUCCGAGCGGAAAUACAGGGGGAGGAACAUAAGAUAAGGGAAGCGCAGGAGAGUGGAGGUUGGUCUGACAAGAUCAAGAAUGUGCUGGACGGUGGUGAAGCAAAGAGGAAGAAGGAAGAGGAGGAAGAACGAUUGAGAAUCGAAAAAGAGAAGGAACUGGCGAGGGAGAAAGUCGAAGCAGAGCGGGGUGUGGCGGGGAAGAUACAAGAUGUUUUCGAUGGAGGACGCCACAAACGAGAACUUGAAGAAGCAGAAUUCCAGCGUCUCGAAGCCGAGGCAAAGGCGGCUGCAAAGGAGCAAGGGCUGUCCCACCAUAUCAAGAAGGUGCUUGAAGGAUCCGAUGAGCGGGAAUCCAAGCUUCAGGAAAUCAAUAAGAGUCAGAGGGACAAAACUAAAGAGGAAGAAGAGAGCAAACCUCAUCUGACCGAUAAGAUCCACGAUACUAUAGAGAGGCUAAGCCCCAGGCCUACUCCCCCUCCUGAGCCUGAACACUUCAGUGACAAGGUUAAGAAUCUCUGGGAGCAAGCAACCCCUGGAGAAAAGGAGAGACAGGAAAGGCAUUACAAGGAGCGCGAAGAUACUGAAGAAGGCCUCCGAGACAAAAUCCAGGCCAAGUUACGCGGAGAGGAGAAGAAGCCUCAGACUGAUAGAGGUUGGCUUGCAUCAAAGCUGAACGAGAUGACCGGCGGAGGUGUCCCAAGCGAAGAGAAAGAAGAUAAGUUAGACAAAACUAUCGAUUUCUUCCAAGAGCAUAUCUUGCAUCAAGGGGAUCAGUCCAACGAGUCGGUGCUGGAACAAAUGAAAGACGAGCAAAUCAGCGACGGGCUCCGCACUGCGUACAAGGCGGUCACUGGUCACGAGCUACCUGUGAAGGAUAAACCUCACUAAAUCCUUCACGAGGAGCGGUGCAGCUGGCGCCGGGGGAAAAUGCAGUAGAGGAUCUUGUAUAGUGUGUACAUGGAAUCAAAUUACUCGAAUUGAAUCGCAGCAUCGGGAUCAGGGAGAAAGAUCGUGGCUUGAGGCG